GGAUCCUCAUCGAAGCCACCUUAGUUGAGUCUUUCGUCCGGUGCCGCGCCCACUACCACCAGUGUUGCCCCUCCGGGCUGCGGAGGCUUUACUUCGGCUGCCUGAAAGAAGGUCAAGUUCUGUCCGCGAACUCUUGGUCUCCGAGGUCACGGCGUCAGAGGUUUCUAAAGGCACCCUCGACUUCGCCCCCAUGCUUCUAUGAUUAUACAUUUUGGCAAAGACAGUUUUCAAGUUCAUGCAUUUAACUAAGAGUUCUUGUGAAAAAAGGUGCUUCGUAUAUGCAUUUGCAAACCCUUGAUUAUUUGCAAACCUCUAUUUCGUAGAGCAUAAUUUGCACACUGGCACAGGUUGAAGUGUUAUAUUUUGCAAAAAGUGCUGAGAUAGCAGGAAUUCGCUCGGAGACCAUUUCUGUGCCACAGGAAAUAAAAGCAUUGCAGCUGUGGAAUGAGAUAGAAGCACGACAUCCUGGAUUGGCUGAUGUCAGAAAUCAGGUGAUAUUUGCUGUCCGUCAAGAAUAUGUCGAGCUUGGAGAUCAACUCCUCCAGCUUCGGUCGGGGGACGAAAUUGCCAUUAUCCCCCCCAUUAGUGGAGGGUAGUGGUCAUGAGCCACUUGGGGAAGAUCUGAAGGAAGUUGAAGAGUCAGCUAAGGAGAUAAUAAAAUUCACCACUGAGAAGCUGUCCAUAGAUGAAGCCUCACAGUUGGUGAUUUCUCCACUCUGUGGUGCAGUAUCCCUGUUUGUAGGGACUACAAGAAAUAACUUUGAAGGGAAAAAAGUCAUUAGCUUAGAAUAUGAAGCAUAUCUCCCAAUGGCAGAAAAUGAAAUCAGAAAGAUCUGUAGUGACAUUCGGCAGAAAUGGCCAGUCAAACACAUAGCAGUGUUUCAUAGACUUGGCUUAGUUCCAGUGUCAGAAGCAAGCAUUAUCAUUGCUGUGUCCUCAGCCCAUAGGGCUGCAUCCCUCCAAGCUGUGAGCUAUGCCAUUGAUACUUUAAAAGCCAAGGUGCCCAUAUGGAAAAAGGAAAUGUAUGAAGAAUCAUCAUCAUCUUGGAAAAGAAACAAAGAAUGCUUUUGGACAGCCAGUGAUUAAGUCACACUUUUUUUUAAGAAUACUAAAAUUAAAUUUGGUAAACCUCUGUCUUUAACCAUAAUUUGAUUUUUCUUUCCCAGAAGUUAGGAUGGUUUAAUGAAGUACAGUCUUAUGUUACACCAGUAACAUGUUGCAAAAGGGAGACAAAAAGCAAGUGGGUGUUCAGGAUGAACCAGAGAUAGAGGAAAGGCUUUAGGGAAACAGCGGGAGAGUAAUUGAAAUGUGAGGGAAGAUGUCGGUGGUAGACAUAUUCUUCCAUGAAGUAGGAAGUUCAGAUUACUUAAUGUUUUAAGUGUUUUCCAAUGAGAAGCAAAUUGAAAAGGAUUUUAUUUUCUUUGAAGGUAAUAGUAGAUGGUCAGUGAAUGAAGUACUUUGUGAUUUUAUGGAUGGUUUUGUCCUUUGAAUAUGAUAUUAGAGUCACAAUAUAUUUCAGUUUGUUGUGAGAAAUAGUGGUCAAGAAGCCAGUACUUUGAGUCUUGAUCUCCAGUCCCUGAGCGAACCUAUUGGAGAAUUUGCAAACAGAUUCCUGGAUGUCUUUCCAUUUUCCACUGCCACAUCUCUCAUCCAAGCCAGCACUCCAUGUCUCUUGGACUGCUGCUGUGGCCUGCUGACAGUCCCCUGCUGCCGUUCUGCCUCCCACUGAGUCACUGCAUCCUCCUUGGAACCUUCUGAGAGCCAGUCCCAAUCCCAGAACACCCACUGUCCUCUCCGUGGCUUACAGUCUGUGAUUGGGCUCCCGCCUGCUCCUCACUUGCUCCAGGCGCCCCUGCUUUGCUGUGGCUGGUCUGCAACAAGCUUAGUUUGUCGUAGGGCCCUUACUUGUUCCUUUGUCUAGAAUGCUCUUCCUCCAGGUAUUCCCACAGUCUGCUUCCUCACUUGAUAUCAAUCCCCAGUUACGUGUUAUCUCCUCACAGAGCCUUCUCUGGCUAUCCUAUUUCAAACUGGAGUCCUGGUCCCUUACUCUGCUUUCUAUCUUGUUGUGGCCCUUAAUGCUACCUGAUGGACUAUAUCUGUUAGUUUUCUCCAUCACUAGACUCUAGACUUUCUCAAGUAAGGGGGUUUCUGUCAAAUGUCCCCACCACUACCAGGCACUGGAAAGUGCUGUUGGUGCAAAGUAUUGUGCCCCAGAUUAAACACACCUGGCACAUGUGUAGCUGUUGUGUGAAGGUAUCUGGCUGAAUGCAUGAGUGGGUGGGUUUCCGCUCUGCUCCUCCCCCACUCCUGGACUGUGACGUCUGCGGAGCGCGGAGGUUGUAAGAGGUCUCUUGAGGCGGGAGUGAUCUGGGAUGUAGUUAGUAGCUGACCCGGCAGAGGGCAGCAGAGCCAGCAAUAGGAGCAGCUUGAGUCAGAUGCUCCUUUUCUUUUGCCUAGAACCAAAAUUUCAGUUUAGUUAGCCUUUUUCUUUAAGUUAGGGUUGGAGUGGUUCUUAGAUGAAAAGUAGUGUCUGGCUUUGAGGAAGAUUAUUUCCAGGGCUUAAUUGGUACCCGAAUUUAAAAUACUGAGGGGUUAUGAUAGGAUGAGGAUGGGAUUUUUAAAAAUGCUGUUUAUAGUUUUUAAAAAGUGAUGUAGAAUAAGAGGAAUUUUAAAAAUGACUAAAUAUAAAAUUUUCCAAUUUGGGAUAAAGUGGUAGCCUUAAUAUAUAGAUUUGUGACAAAACUAAUGUUCUUUUUCUUCAUAGUUGUAUUUUCAUGUACAAUGCAUACCAGACACACUCACUGGUGGUAGUUCCGUGGUAAGCCGCCCUGACAGCUUGGUUCACCAGGACUGAGAUGGGCAAGGUUGAGGAAGGCGUUUGAGAGGUCACCUGAUCUGGGAAUGGGAGACGUUUGUGCAUCGAUGUAGAUGGAAGCAUGUGCUACCCAACCUUUGCAUUAAUGUGCCAUCUGUACAGUGAAGGCCAGUCGGUAAGCUUGCUCUGUACCUUUCCUAACAAUAACUUCAGCAUAUUUAAUUCUUAAAAUAUUUAAACUCUCCUGCUUACUGCUAAAACAAAAAAAAACCAACCAACCAAACAAAAAACUUCAGAUGACUGCUUUGGCAAGUUGCAACAGUUGGCCAACGUUUUUUCCUCUCUCUUCCAAGCACACAUUUUAUUUCAAGUGAGAAGUUGUGCUUUAGAGCAGUGCUUCUCAGACUUUACUAUGUGAUGUAAUAUGAAUCAUGUGGGGAUCUUGUUAAACUUCCCAUUGGCGUUCAGUAGUUCCAGAUGGCACCUGAGAUAUGCAUUUUGUAAUAGGCUCUAGGUGAUGGAAUGUUGCUUAUCUGUGGACACAUAUUUCGAGGCAAGGUUUUACACCUAGUCCUUAAACCAUGAAGGUAGUUUAAGGUUCUUACAGAACAUCCUGUGGUCACUGCUAGUAAUUUAAGAGAUUAGAUACAUCCUUCCAAUUCUUACUGUUUCAGAACAUGUUCAAGACUCCAUUGGAGUGUGUAAGAUAAAUACAGUGAAAUGAAUAUACAAGCCAUAAAAUUAAAAGUCCAAAGUAAUAUAACUUUAUUUUCAAAGCUAUUUUAAUUAUAAUUCAAUAAUGUGGUAUAAAGAGUGUUUACAGUUAAGUAACACUUUUGCUUGAUUUUCAAAGUUGAGUUUUUUUCAUAUGAAUGUUGAUUACUUUUCCAAUUCAAUUUGUUUCUCAGAAAUGAAUUGUACAAUUAGAUGAACAUGCAUACAUUUUUAUAUUUUUUGUGGAGAGAAAAAAGGCAAAAACCAGUUAAUUACAUCUUAAAGAUUUAUACUUUACAUGAAGGAAAAUAUCCAAGACCGUUUCUCUUUAAAAAAUAUACAAUUCUAACAUAGUUGUGCAAUAUAUACAUUUUUAUUUUGACUUUAUCUGCCAAAAUCCAGUACAGAUGAAACCAUCUUUUUGUAUUUACAUAUGGCUACAUUUUCAUUAAGGUUCAAAGAUGUAGUUAACAUUUUUAUUUCAAAUUUUACCCUCGUGUAUCUUUUACCUUUAGAUGUUUAGCCUUUCAAAUUGUUUAUAAUGGGUAUGCUUAAUGUACAGGAGGGGCAUAAUCGUGAAAAGGCGUGGGUGCGGGUAUUUUCUGUGUGCAAACUGAAAUAGCAAAGAUGGCCCAGGGUGCUCAGUUUGAGGGAUCCUGCUUUCUGUUUAAUGUCUUGAGAUUUUUAAUAUAUUAACUUACAGUUGUAUAUCAGAAUAGAUAAAUACAUUAUAAAAUUAUACCUUUUAUAAUAGCUUUUAGUAUAAUCACUUGUGUGAUUAUGAUAAAUUGGUUUUAGUUUUCAUUUCACAGUUAAUAGAUAACUUCUAUUUUAUAAAAAGAACACUGCCAGCUAGAAAAAAUUUCUUUCUAGUUGGGAGUUCUUUUGCUGCCAAAAUGAAUGAUGCACCAUUUCAAGUCUUAAGGCAGCUUCCUCACAAACUAUUUUACUAUUUUCUAAAUGGCUUAUGUGGCAGCCAUGUAUGAAGCAACUGUUUUUAAUCACGUUCUACAGAUCUUGUCUAUAUACCAUUUAUGAAAUGGAAACUUUAAGAUGGUAUCUUUUAAGCCCCAUAUUAUACUUACUUUUAAAACAAAAGUGUGACUGAAUAGGAAUACAUAACUGUUUAUUUCAAGCAGUGGGUUUUGUUUUAAUUUCUUGGAUAAAUCCUCACCUUUGCUUAAAAGUGCUUGAGAAAUACUCACUAGAGCCCCUGCCUCAAAUUUUGAUCUGAUGACAGAAGUUGCGUAUUUAUAUUUAGGCCACUUGCUCUUAGUGUAGUGGGGUUCUCCAUUGGGGUGAUUUUGCCUCCCAGGAGGCGUGAUACAAUGUCGGGAGAUAUUUUUUGAUUGUCACAUCUUGGGGCAGAGGAUGCUCCAUGCCAGGGAUGCUAAACAUCCUACAAGGCACAGGACAGUCCCCUGCAAGAAUGCAUUACCUGGCCCCUCACGUCAGUAGUGCCUAGGGUAGUAAAUGGUACAGAGACAAGUGGCUAAGUUUUUAGAUUGUAGUAACCCAGCUACUUCAUGGAGACAAUGCUGGCAAGGUAGAUUACCUAAGCCACGGCUUGGCCAAAGCUCUCAAACUCACCGUGGGUUUUAGUGCUUCUGUAAGAAAGUGGGGCAGAGUAAAAAGAAAGGAAUGACCUGCUAGAAUUCUUUGUGUAGCACCCUGAAGAACUAGUAUGUAUAUGUGUACAGUAGUUAGAUGGUUUAUUAAAUACUCUUUAUCAACUUAGUGAUGUUUUUCCUCUACUCUCAAAGAAGUUUUGGACUCAGAGUCCACACCGCUGUUCUAAGAGUUGGGCUCUAGCACAUCUAGAGAAUACCAUGGUUUUGCUAUAAACCCCUGACAUUUUAUGGCUAAUCCCCCCCCGCCCCAGUUUUGCUUUGUCAAAUACAAAAUAAAUGAGUGUAGAUAGCUUGAGAGAGCUCACAGGAGUUGGACCAGGAGGGCAGUCAGGACCAGAUGCGCACGGGCAUAUGCCCGUUUUCAAAGUCAGGUUUUUGGAGGAUUGUAAUUACAAGAAAUCCAGAUCAUAGACUUUUAAAGCUAAAAGCAUUGCUGCUGAACUCCAACCCAGUCUUCCCAUUUUCUUAUGUGGACACUGCAGUGUAAAGAAGCAAAGUGACUUGUCCAAAGCUUUAGGUAUGCAGUUUCUGACAUGAAAUAGUCCCUCUGCCUUUCUCCCAGUCCCUCCUGGAGAAUGUGUGGGCUCAGAAACAAAGUGCGGAAGGAGAAAUGGGUGGUAUAUCCCCAAGACAGUUCAUGUACAUCAGUGACUGGGAUGCUUGUUAAAAAACAGACUAAUGGGUUUCAUCCCUGUCUGACCAAAUAAAUGUCUCAGGAGUUGGGACCAAAAGGCUACCUAGGGAUCAGACUUGCCCAGGUGGCAGUCAUUCUUCUGGAAGUUUAAGUCCUCCAGCAACACAAAAACACAGAGGGUAUAACUGCCAAUUUGGUGCUUUCCAAUAUCUCCUUGUAGUUUCUUGCAAAUUCCCGUGUUGUUUUUUUCUUUUUUUUUUGCUUCUUUACACUGCCUGAAAUUCCAACAAUUAGAAAUUCACUCUGGCUUAUUUUUCUUACUUGUUUACCAAUAAAUAGCUCCCUGGAGUUAAGGAGAUUAUUCACAUAAGUAUGUGAGAUGAUUUUUCUUCCUCAUACCUGGUGUGGAGCAGCUGCCCCCAAGGAAUGGGAGACUGGGCCAAGGGCCAAGGGAAGGUGGUUAACUCUGGAUGACUGGAUAGGAAGGCGUGCCUCAGGGAGCUUCUAGAAGAUGGGGGCACCAGGAGGUGGGAGAGUGGCUUAGUCCGGAAGGAGAAAGGAUGCCGAAGAAAUUACUCAUCUUCUGAAAAUUCAAACUAGGUCCCUGCCAGGCAGUCAAGUUAGUAAGUUGGGCAUCCUGAAGGAGAAAGGCAACUUCCUACUUCCUAUAGCAUAGGCUGGGCCUCUAGCAGAUAGGAUUUUACCAUAAACAUUGUGAUAUUAAUGGAUUUUAAACAAAGUUUUGUGCUUUGGCCUCUAAACUGCUACCCCCUCUCCACCCUUAAAUGGAAGUUUUUUCUCCAGAAAGCAUACUCUGGGCUCCUACCAGGUAUCCAGGCAUGUUUUGGUAAGUACAUCCUAGCAAACAAGGGACUGAGAAGGCAGCUGCAGGCUGACAACAGCAAAUUUUACCCUACUUUAUUAAGAAAAUUAUCACUUUAACUUCUGUGGCAGCUUUGGAUGAGCAGCAUAAGUUGAAAACCUGUUGUUUUCUCCCCAUCAACAUCAAUAGCCAAGCUAAUUCUGUAUCUAUGCCAAGUCCUUCCACUUUUGUUGUUACUGUUUAAAAACAAUCAUUUUCAAUGAUUGGGGUUCCCCCCCAAUUGGAGAAAGGUUAUAUUUUUCUUUAAGACUUCUCAUGUUUGUAAGCAUUUCAUUUUUCUGAAACAAUGCACAUUAUAAUGUAAACUCUGGACCAGCCAAUGGAAAGAUACUUUUCCCCCCAUAUAAAAUAAGUCUUUUACCCUUUAUAGUCCUAGCCACCGCCCCCCCAUUUCUUCUUUCCAAACUGACCUGCAGUUUUUGUAAAAUAUCAGGCUAGUUUACCUAUUACACAUAAAACACUGGGAUUUAAAAAAAAAAAA